GAGCGCGGGCCGUUAAGAGUGCGUGCGAGGGCCUUGCGAAGGCUGCUAGUGCAGAAUCUCCCAGGCAAGGUCGAAGCGUCCAAUUUGUUGGCGGUGAAGGACGUGCACUCUCACUCCGUGUGCUGUCUCACCUGUCUGUGUGGUGUGAGCUCCUCUGUGAGAGAAGGGCAAGGAAGUGUCUGCAGGAUGCUCGAGGUCCUGGUGCUGAAGGGUCUCACUUCUGGCUAUUCUGGAACUCACUAUGUAGACCAGGCUGGCAUCAACCCACAUAAAUGUGCCAUUUCUCUGCUUCAGUCCAACCGUUUAAGACAAAGAUUGAAGAUCCAGGUUGCUUCUGGGUAAUUAUAAAAGGAUGUAGUCAUUUUUUAGAACAAGAAGUUGACUACCAAAAACUAAACAGUGCCAUGAAUGACUUCUAUAACAGCAUGUGUCAAGACAUAGAAAUAAAGCCGUUAAUGCUAGAAGAAGGCCAGGUGUGUGUGGUGUACUGUCAGGAGCUGAAGUGCUGGUGCAGGGCUGUGAUUAAGUCGAUCAUCUCUUCUGCAGACCAUUACCUGGCGGAGUGUUUCCUUGUGGAUUUUGCCAAGUAUAUUCCAGUAAAAUCUAAAAACAUCCGAGUUGCAGUAGAGUCUUUUAUGCAGCUUCCUUACAGAGCAAAAAAAUUCAGACUUUACUGUACAAAACCUGUGACAUUGCACAUUGACUUCUGUGAAGACAAUGCUGAAAUUGUACCUGCCACAAAAUGGGACAGUGCAGCUAUCCAGUACUUUCAGAACAUUCUAAGAGCAACUACCCAAGUGGAAGCAAAGCUAUGCGCUGUGGAAGAAGAUACUUUUGAGGUUUACCUUUAUGCAACAAUAAAAAAUGAAAAAGUUUGUGUUAAUGAUGAUCUAGUUGCAAAGAAUUUUGCUUAUUAUGUGUCACCAAUGGGGAACAAAAACCUCAAUACUUUGGAGAAACCCAGGCUGAGUCUCAAUUCGGUGCCCUGCUCCAGUAAGCUCAGCCCAUCACUUACUCUGUGGCCAAUGCUUCUGCAAGGAAAAGACUGUCAGAGAAUGGAAAACUCACAGAGUUUAGAUUUUCUGGCACAGUCUCUCCAGCAUACAUGGUGUAAGGACGUUGUCGGUGACCUAGGACCACGUGCUGCAGUACUGGAUAAAGCUGUAAACUAUAAGGAUUCCUUGACAGAUUCGCCUACAAUUAUGUUUGAGAAGAAGCAACAGAGCCUCCCUUUAAAACACAUGGAUAAGUGCAUUGAAUCUUCUAUGUACUGGCCAACAAAAAGAGGCAUAACCAUAUAUGCUGAUCCAGAUAUUCCAGCAGCAAGUGUGUUUAGCCAGAAGCCAAGUGAGAAGCCACUGCGGUUGACUGAAAAGAAAGACUGUGACGAGAAGAAUGGCUGUGUAAAAUUACUACAGUUUCUAAAUCCUGAUCCUUUGAGAGCUGAUGAGAUCUCUGACCUGCACCAGUUGCAGAAGGUGAAGCUGGGCACAUUGCAGCCUGGUGUGGUGCUCCGGAACAGGAUCGAGCCCUGCCUCACACUGGAUAAAUCACCUCUGUCAGCAGACCUGAAGAAGGCUCUUCAAAGAAACAAGUUUCCAGGACCCAGCCACACUGCAUCUUACUCUUGGCCUCCUAUUGCACGUGGCUGUGAUGUGGUUGUCAUUUCUCACUGUGGAAAUGACCCCUUGUUGUACCUGCCACCGCUGCUUACGAUUUUGCAGAUGGGGGGCUGCUACAAGUCAUUACCAAGUAGAAAUGGACCUCUUGCAGUCAUCGUGUGUCCAGGGUGGAAAAAGGCUCAGUUUAUUUUUGAGUUGUUGGGAGACUAUAGCAUGUCCUCCAGGCCUCUUCAUCCUGUGUUAUUAACAAUUGGACUUCACAAAGACGAAGCCAAAAAUAUGAAGCUUCCAAGGGGAUGUGAUGUGAUUGUCACAACGCCACACAGCCUUCUGAGACUUCUCACGUACCGAAGCUUGUUAUUCCUUAGACUCUGCCACCUGGUUCUGGAUGAAGUGCACGUACUGUUCUUCGAAGCUAACGAACAAAUGUUUGCCAUAUUAGAUAACUUUAAAAAAAACGUUGAAGUGGAGGAGCGGGAGUCUGCGCCACACCAGAUUGUAGCCGUGGGUGUUCACUGGAACAGACACAUAGAGCAUCUAGUCAGAGAGUUCAUGAAGGAUCCCCACGUCGUGAUCACUGCCCUGGAGGAGGCUGCCCUCUACGGCAGUGUCCAGCAGGUAGUGCAUCUGUGCCUGGAGUGCGAGAAAACCUCGACUUUACUCCAAGUUCUUGACUUUGUUCCAAGUCAGGCCCAGAAGACCUUGAUCUUUACCUGCUCCGUAGCAGAGACAGAGAUUGUAUGUAAGGUAGUAGAAAGCAAUUCAAUAUUUUGCUUGAAAAUGCAUAAAGAAAUGGCUUUUAAUUUAAAAAGUAUUUUGGAACAGUGGAAGAAGAAGUUAAGCUCUGGCUCCCAUAUUGUGUUAACCUUAACAGAUGACUGCAUACCGCUCUUGGCCAUCACCGAUGCCACAUGCGUGGUUCACUUCAGCUUUCCUUCCUCACCAAAAGUAUUUGGUGGACGCCUGUAUUGCAUGUCUGAUCAUUUUCAGAGUUUAACUGAGCAGGGCUCACCUGCAGAGCAGGGAGGUAAGAAAACGAAAUCUGUCCUACUGCUGACGGAGAGGAAUGCCAGCCAUGCCGUCGGGGUCCUGCGAUACUUGGAGCGAGCAGAUGCCAAAAUUCCAUCGGAGCUGUAUGAGUUUACUGCAGGGGUCCUGGAAGCCAAAGAAGAUAAGAAAGCUAGAAGACCUCUCUGUCCAUAUCUUAAAGCUUUUGGCUUUUGCAAAGACAAAAGGAUCUGUCCUGACCGGCACCACAUUAAUCCAGAAAUGGACAUCCCAAGGAAAUUAUCCAAUGAAACUCUACCAGUGUUUGGGCACAUUAGGAUAAUACCUUUUUACAUUUCAAAUGCAACCAAUUAUUUUGGCCGUAUAAUUGAUAAACAUGUGGAUCUUUAUGAAACUCUCAAUGCAGAAAUGAAUGAAUAUUUUAAGGAUCCCAGUAAUAAAACAGCUGCUGAAAAGGUGGAAAAUUUGGGGUUGUAUGGAUUAGAAGAAAAAACACUUUUCCAGAGGGUUCAGGUGUUGGAAGCGAGCCAGAAGGAAGACACCUGGGGUUUGGGGAGUGUCCUGGUGAAAUUCAUAGAUGAAGGCAGGACCAAGCUCAUCACAAGAGACCAGCUGCUGCUGCUCCCAGAGAAGUUUCACACUCUGCCCCCUCAGGCUGUGGAGUUCAUUGUUUGUAGGGUUAAACCAGCUGACAGUGAAAUUGAAUGGAACCCAAAGGUUACUAGAUACAUUCAUCAUAAAAUUAUUGGGAAAAUGCAUGAGGCCAAGGUGGUAUUCGCUUUGGGAAAUACCCUUUGGAUUGAUCCAAUGGUGCAUGUUACAAAACUUUCAAAUUUAAAAACUUCUGUCAUUGAUUAUAAUGUUCGAGCUGAAAUUUUGUCCAUGGGAAUGGGUAUUGAUAAUUCAGAACAUGUAGAACAACUGAAAAAACUACACAAAGAAGCUAAGCUGCCAGCCUUUGUGGACCUUCCAAGCCAGACUUCGAUACCCACAACAGUAGAAGGCACCAUGUGUUUGCAGGGCACUCAGCGAGGAGACAGAGGUACAGAAAGAGGAGCUGGUUCCCAGGUGGACCCAGACAACCAAAAGCCUGGAGUUUUAUCUGAAGACAUUGGCCAUGAGACCAUUAGCAAAGCUACACAGCCACAUGUGAGAAGCUUUCACCCACAAAUAAAGUGGUUCCAAAAGGAUGACCACAUCAUCUUAAAGAUAAAAAUAAGGAAUGUCAAAGACUAUAAGUGUAAAUUCUUUACAGAUAGAGUCAUUUUCAGUGCCUGGGUAGGAGACAAGUUUUACUUGGCUGAUAUGGAACUGCAAGGUGACAUAAGGAAAGAUGACUGCAAAUGCAUAAUUAAGGAUGAUGAGCCUCUAAUCACACUUGCAAAAGAGAAACGGGCAUGCUGGUGUGGCCUCCUCAAGCAGAGGAAUCCUAAUGUGGCUUUUGACUUUGACCACUGGGAGGAGUGUGAAGAGGACAGCCCUUUCUCCAAGGUCGUAAGUUCUAAAACCCUGUCCUGCAAAGCGGCAGCACUGGCUGAAAGCAGCAGCUCCUCUUCAGACAUGACUGACGGGAGUGAGAGCGAAUGAGGCCGUGCAUGGACCAACGCCAGCGAGAAGACAGACAACUGCACACACAGUCACGGCCAACCCUUUUCACCUGGAGAGUGACUUGUCACUGUCAUUGUGUGGCACUGCCAUGGAUGAUGAUGAGAAGUUCUUAAUUGAUUUAAAGUGGGUAGACAAGCCAAGUGAUAGGUUAUGAUGAGAUUGUCAAAGGAGAGUCCACAAUCAGGGACACAGAAAGUUAGGGACAUUUUUAAUUCUAGCCCUCAGGAGAUUGAGGCAGGAGGAUUACAAGUUUGAGGGCAGCCAGGACUAUAUAGGGAGGUUCUGUUUCCAAAAAUGUGUUUUCCAUCAAAGGUCCUGUGUAACCCAAGUGUAUGCAGUGUGUCCUCUCACUGACUCUCUUAGCUCAUCCUGACUACUGAUCGUAGAGACGGAGAGCAAACCCUAACACUAGGUAGUAGAUUGAUCUUGUAAGGAGUUAGUCUACUCAAUUGCCGUGUAGACCCGUGUGUGGCACUGCUUAAAACUUGUCUCUCACGCAGAAACUGGAGAGUCUGUCUUACACUUUUACACCCAGCCGGACUUGCCAGCCCCUUUCACCACAGGACCUAAAUGCCCAACUGCGCCAUACAAAAACUCCCUAAAUUUUCCUGGCUUUGACAGCUACUAAGAGAUACAAAUUGACUUCUUUUCCCCAAAGGCAAGAUAGAUUUGCCUCAGCUCAGUGGAACCCUGGGCAGAACUUUCUUUCAGAAAUGCUUAUAGGACUUACUAACCUUCAGACUCCCCGGAUGUGGUGAGUCCUGAGAACACUAAUGGCAAAUCUGAAUGAAUGCAGCUGUAACACCCCGGUUUGGGGACAGGGUGUGUGGUUAUCGUUUAAAUGUCACUGACACAGUUGGGAAGGUGAGUGUGGGAACUUCACAACCCAGUGUCUUAGCAUCUCCGCAUCAGUGUCCCUCAAGUGAGAAGGGACAUGGAUGGAGCCGCACUGUUGAGGGACGGACUCCCCUAAGCAUAUCCUAUGCUCUCCAUAUCAGAAAGUACCGAUAUUCAGAGAUGCGCCCAUGCCUGUCAUUCCAGCAUAUGAGAGGUGGAGACAGGAGGACCAAGAAGUGUCAGGCCAGCCUGGGCUACAUAAGAACUAGUGUCAAAACCUGAAGAAAAAAGAAAAAGAAACAGAGAUGUCAAGAGUUCUGUAACCCCAAGAGUUAGCCGUUGCACAGGCGAGGAGGCAACGUCUCCUGGCUUUCUGUGCCAGAGGGCUGGGCCCACACUGGUUCUUGGUUUUCUUAUCUGUAAAAUAAGACCUGAGCACAUUCAGCCCACGAGAGUCCAGGGUGUUGUGGGGUGGGCACCUGGCUUUCACAGUGACUGUGAGGGGGUCAGACCUGUGCCAGGAGUCAGAGACUGCCUAGCCUGGGCCGCUACCAGGAAGACAUCCUUUUUGCUGCUAUGACUCUUGGGUUGGUAGUCCCAUAUCAGAGGGCCAUAAUGCAAAGUGGUUCUUGACAAAGCAGAAAGCAUGGUGUCUUGCUGGAACAUUUCAACUGUGAGACUGGUCCAUUUGUACAGAUGCAGGUCCACCCAGGUGGUGGAGGGCUGUGGUGACACUGAACACUGAGUUGAGUGCAAGUGGCAGACUGUCUCAGAAGACCCAGCGAAAUGGGACACAGCUCUGUUUACAUCAUUUUUUUUCAGGUGGUCAGAUUUUCCAAUACUUAACCCUCUGAGCAAAAUCUUGUAGCACAUGGGAGGCUAUGCUGACAGUCAGCUAUUGCCUUCUGUAUUAUACUAAACUCUACUGAUUGAGGUACACUUCUGAAAUAUGACAUGGAAAUACUUGAAGAGUUAGUGCUCUAGAAUUGCUCCCAUAUGAUAUGAGCAUCUUUGUGGUGGAUUAUCAAUAAAGCUCCAGUGUAAUGUU